UUCCGGGGUGGCAGCCGCACUCCACAGGACCACAAUAACUGCCAUCCCCUCUUCUCUUCUCUCAUCAGGAGUCGUUUGGCACCCACAAAAUCUUCGAUUUCGUAAAAUGUCGUCGAGAAGAGCUGCCGCUGCCGCUGCCGCUGCUCAAAAGGGUAAAACUCUCUCCUCUCCAGCUUCUAUUGAAAUUACCAUUUCUGCCCUUGAUUCUAAAAUCACAGAGAACAAGAUCCCGACUCCAACCCAAUUCAACCAUUUGGUGAAUGAUCUAUUCAAUUCGAUUCGAGCCGGUGCUUUUGUGAGGUUAGAGGAUGCAGUGGGCCUCUUCAAUCGUAUGGUCCGCAGGCAGCCGCUGCCUUCAAUCGAGACCUUUAAUCGCCUGUUAACUACUAUUGCUAAAAUGAAACACUAUUCGACCGUGAUUUCUUUGCAUCGGGAGAUGAAUUGGUUAGGGAUCCCAUCCGAUAUCUAUACAUGGAACAUUCUUCUCAAUUGUUCCUGCCGCUUGAAUGGCAUCGGUUCUGGUUUUGCUAUUCUCAGCGACAUCCUGAAACGUGGCCAUGAGCCGGAUGCCGCGACUCUGGCUACUUUUAUUAAGGGGUUUUGCAUGGAAGGGCGGAUUGGGGAAGCGAAUAGUUUCUUUCUGAAGAUGGUAGAAAUGGGAUAUCCUUAUAAUGUGGUGUCGUUUGGGAUACUAAUCGACGGUCUUUGCAAGUCGGGGAACACCAGAAUGGCUCUUGGGUUGCUUCGGGAAAUGGAGAAGGGUGUGGGUAAAUGUAGGCCUAACCGUUUGGUUUAUAACUCAAUCAUCGACAGUCUAGGCAAAGAUGGGCUCACAAGGGAGGCACUCAACCUCUUCUCAGAAAUGGUCGGUAAAGGGAUUCUGCCGGAUGUCGCAACUUUCACCAUACUGGUGAAUGUUCUUUGCAAAGAAGGAAUGGUUAAAGAAUCCCAUGGAUUACUAGAAUUGAUGACUCAGAGAGGUGUGGAGCCUGACGUAAUCACAUAUAAUGCAUUGAUGAAUGGCUACUGUUUUAUUGGCAAAAUGGAUGCCGCCUUAAAGAUUUUUGAUUACAUGGUGUGUAAAGGUCAUAAGCCUAGUGUCGUGACUUAUGCCAUGUUAAUCAACGGCUAUUGCAAGAAGCAGAUGGUAGACAAGGCUAUGUGGCUUUUCCGAGAAAUGUCUUGCAAGGGAUUGAAGCCCAAUGUUGUUACUUACAACACUCUAAUAGGUGGGCUGUACCGGGCACGGAGAAUUGUGGCUGCACGAGAGCUCUUCAAUGAGAUGCAAGCUCAUGGACAAUGUCCGGAUCUCUCCACAUACGCCAUUUUGAUGGAUGGGCUGUGUAAAAGUGAGCGUCCUGUCGAGGCAAUGAAACUACUUAAUGAGAUGCAAAUUAGAGGAAUUCAACUAAAUAAUGAAGUUAUUGGUGUCCUUAUCAAUGGGAUGUGUAAAGCUAGGGAACUUAAAUAUGCGAAUGAGCUGUUCAGUUGGGCCUCCACCAAGGGCUUGGGGAAUAAUGUUAGGACAUAUAACACACUAAUCAAUGGCCUUUGUAAAGAAGGGCUUUUGGAGGAAGCUAAUGGAUUAUUCUUACAAAUGGAAGAGAAGGGUUUCCAACCAGACAGUGUCACCUUCAAUGCUUUAAUUAGGGGCUUUCUACAAAAGAAUGAGACCCCCAAGGCAAUGCAACUUCUCGGGGAAAUGGCUAAAAGACAUUUUUCUGCGGAUGCAUCCACCGCAACUAUGUUAGUGCGCUUGCUCACAAAGGACGAAAAAGGUCAAGAAUACCUGGGAAUGCUUCAUAAAUUUGUGCCCUAGGGCGAAGGAGAGGUGAUUUGGUGAACAUCGAUUCAACAUCAACUCUCUCUCUCUCUCUCUCUCUCUCUCUCUCUCUCUCUCUCCCUCCCUCUCUCUCAAGUUGUAACGGCCCAUACCAUAAUUGUAACAAUAGUAUUUGUUCUGACCACUGUUACUGUUAGGGAAUACCUUGCUUCUAAGAGGUUGAUACACAUUCAACUCCUCCCAUGUUCCUUUGAGUUCCUGUAAUAUUCACCUAGCAAUUUAUCUCCUUGUUGGAAAGAAAAAAACCUCUUCAAAUAAUUGGUGUGGAUUGAGUGA